AGAGGCUGUGCAACACGAUAAAACCAAACGUGUGCCGGAGGUGAGCUUUGACGGUGUGUUAUCCAGAAAGUUCCAGCACCAAGAUAUCGCCGAACGAGAGGCGACAGCGCGUGCGAACGGUUUGUCCUUCGAGGGAAACAUAUCCGAGGCUGAAAAUGUCUGUUAUCUCCGAAGAAAGCGUCCGAGGUGGGAGCGUUUUCAAGGAUAUCAGCGCCGAGGACGAAGACGGGCAGCCCACUGAGAUCGAGAGCCUGUGCAUGAACUGCUACCAUAACGGUACGACCCGUUUGCUUCUGACCAGAAUACCCUUCUUUAAAGAAGUCAUCGUCAGCUCCUUCAGCUGCGCCAACUGCGGCUGGUCAAAUACGGAAAUCCAGUCUGCUGGCCGGAUCCAGGAGCAGGGCGUUUGUUACACACUUAAAGUCAAAACGAAACAGGACUUGAACCGGGAGGUGGUGAAAGCUGACUGUGCGACCACCAGGAUCCCCGAGCUGGAUUUCGAAAUCCCUCCCUUCACCCAGAAAGGCUCACUCUCUACCAUCGAGGGCCUUUUAGACCGGGCAGUUGCAGGGCUGGAGCAAGACCAGCCUGCCAGACGGGCAGCUGACCCCGAGGUGGCCGAGAAGAUAGAGGAGUUCAUCCAGAAGCUGAGGAAGUUAAAAGAUGUUGAAAGGGAAUUCACUCUGGUGAUUGAGGAUCCGUCUGGCAACAGUUUUGUGGAAAAUCCACUCGCGCCUCAGAGAGAUGAGGCUCUCACUGUGUCUCGGUUCAAGCGGACGGUCCAGCAGGACAUACAGCUGGGAAUCCGGGCUGAGGACGACCUGGACGAGGAGCCGGAAGGCAACGACCUGGAGACCAUGAGAAACGAGGUUUUGGUCUUCAACACCAACUGCCCAGAAUGCAACGCGCCAGCCUCGACCAACAUGAAGCUUGUCCAGAUCCCUCACUUCAAGGAGGUCAUCAUCAUGGCCACCAACUGCGACAGCUGUGGCCAGCGGACCAAUGAGGUGAAAUCAGGCGGAGCCACGGAGGAGCUCGGCACCAAGAUCACCCUGCACGUCACCGACCCCUCAGACAUGUCCCGGGACGUGCUCAAGUCGGAGACGUGCUCUGUCAGCAUCCCGGAGCUGGAGUUUGAGCUGGGGAUGGCCGCUCUUGGAGGAAAGUUCACCACGCUAGAGGGGCUGCUGAAAGACAUCAAAGACCUGACCGUGUCCAAAAACCCCUUCAUCUGCGGUGACAGCGGCACCACAGAUCGGGUGCAGAAGCUGAAUGAGUUUGGAGAGAAGAUAGACAAGGUUAUCGCAGGAGAAAUGAACAUCCAUUUCAUCCUGGACGACCCGGCGGGGAACAGCUACUUGCAGAAUGUGUACGCCCCGGAGCCAGAUCCUGAGAUGACUGUUGAGAAGUACACUCGCUCGUUUGAGCAGAAUGAAGAGCUUGGUCUGAAUGACAUGAAGACGGAGGGGUAUCAAGAGGAAAACUCGACUACAGGCACCAGCUGAAAGGAUCAAAUGAGUCUUUAAUUGAUAGUGUUUUGCCAUAAAUCCGGUGUAAAGCUAUUGCUCUAUAUUUUCUGUCAUUGUCAUACAUCUUAAGUUAAUGUUAAACACAGACUGAAUGGUUGUUUUCAUCUUUAUAUUAAUCAUUGAGGAGGAAUGAGAAGUUAUUUAAAUGGACAAUGAAAACAAACUGAAUAUAAAAACACAAAAGGAACCUGGUUUGUGUAAUAACACAGAGAUGUUGCUGUUACUAAAGACAAGUCUGGUGGUAAUUGCAUUCUUGUGACAUCCCAGAAGAUGGCGCUCUGUUAUCUUUGAUUAAAGGGAUUUUUUUUCUUUCAGUGGACCACACACUGUGUGACAGAUUAAUCUUUUUAUCCACCUGUAAGCAUGACACCAUCUAAAUAAAGCGAUAGCUAAAUUGA